UCAUAUUCGCCCACCAUCACGCAGAACGAGGUUGUAUCUACCGCUACAAAAAUCCGACCGUUGGACCUUCGCCAUUGAUACACAGAGCACACCGGACAAGGUUCAACAAUGGUGACGAUGAGCGAUACAGCUACACAACCUCUAGAUACCUCAACCCCUAACACUCAAACAAUGAACUACUGCGAUUCUACUCCAAAGCUCUCUUCCGAUUACGAAAAAUGCCGAGAGCAAAGAAUCAAAGAGAAUCUUGAAAGAUUGCAAAAGCUCGGGAUUCAUGAUCUAUCUCUUAAGCUGAAGUCUAUGAAACCGAAUACCAAUAGGAGAAACAACAAACCCUAUAAAACCCCUAAUCGCUGUAUUUCCCCUUUUCCCUCUUCCGUCCCCUCUCGUCGAUCCUCAAGGUUGCAGAAUACACCAAUAGUUAGCUACACAGAGGUUGAUCUAUCUAAAAAAGCUAAAGAUGAUACUAAUGUGUGGAUGGAAGAGCAUAAAAGACCUGAAAUUUACACAGAAGAACAUGAAAAGCUUCUGGGAGACACUAAAAUGGAGUGGACUCUUUUUGUUGAUGGAUAUGGAAAAGAUGGCAAGAAAAUCUAUGAUCAAGUUAGAGGAAAGACAUGUCAUCAAUGCAGACAAAAAACACUCGGUCAUCGCACACAUUGCAUCAAAUGUAACCUUGUUCAAGGCCAAUUUUGUGGAGAUUGUUUGUAUAUGAGAUAUGGGGAGAAUGUUCUAGAAGCAAUGCGGAAUCCGGAUUGGAUUUGUCCGGUUUGUCGUGGGAUUUGUAAUUGCAGUUUGUGUCGUCAGGCAAAAGGGUGGGCCCCAACGGGUGUUCUUUAUAGGAAGAUUUCAAGUCUUGGGUAUAAAUCGGUUGCACAUUAUCUCAUUCAAACCCAUCGAGCUGACUCUAAUUCUGAGAAGAGUGAGAAGACUGAAAAUUCUGUUUGUGCAAAACGGUCACUACCCUUUUCAAAGGAAGAUGUUGAGGCUCAAAAGGUGAUUGAAAUACAAUCAUCGGAUGAAUCCGGGGGUAAAAAUGUCAAACUAGAAAGUGGACAAGAUGUAUCGGCACACAAGAAUCCAGAACCAGAGAUCGUGUCUGGAAAUGGUAUUGCAACAAACGAAGGGAUUAAGGACAAGGAACCACCGGAAUUGGAAUUUGAUGAAGGUUUAAGUCCGGAAUCGGAAUGCACGAUUCUGGAGAACACAAAUCCGGAAAUGGAAUGCAAGAUUCCAGAGACAGGUAAAGACGAAAACAAGAAUACAAAUUCGGAGUUGGAAUACAAGAUUCUGGAGAGAGAGGUGGAUGAAGGUGAAGAUGGAAACAAGAAGACACUUAACAAAUCUAAAGACAACAAAACAGACAAUGAGGGCAAAAUCGUCAUUACACCAGAAACAAAACCAGGGUCUCGAAAGAAACGCCAAAUGGUCAUGGUAGAGAAUAGCAUUGCUGGAAGACUUAGGUCUAGACGCAGAUGCAUUUGAAGAUUUUUUUUUUCUUUGAUUUCUUGUUUAUUUCAUGUGUUUUAAAGAAUUGAAUCAAGAAAAGGGGGAUUUAUGCUGCAAGAACAUUUAUUUUGGGUUCUUUAAGGUUUUUUCUUGCAGCAUUUUUUGUUCAUUGUAGCCCUUGAUGACUUGAUGUAAUUUAAUUUACAAUUUGGUUAAACCGAUGGUUAAUUUAAA